AUGCUAGGAAAGCUGGGAGAAAAGAUUGAGGAUUAUGCCGUAUAUGAAGUUCUGGGAAAGGGAGGUUUUGGUUGCGUAUAUAGAGCGAGAUGUCUUUUGACUGGAUCUUUUGUUGCGAUCAAAAUGAUCAACAAACAGCGAAUGCACUCUUCGGGAAUGGCUAAUCGCGUUCGACAGGAGGUAGCGAUACAUUCCAAACUAAAGCAUCCUUCUAUUUUGGAGUUGUAUACAUUCUUCGAAGACUUUGAGCACGUCUUUUUGGUACUCGAAUUAGCAGAGAACGGUGAAUUGCAACAGUUUCUUCGUGAACGAAAUAAGCCCUUUAGUGAAUAUGAAGCAGCAUUAAUCUUGAGGCGAGUAGUGGAUGGAUUGCUGUACCUGCAUACGCAAAAAAUACUCCAUCGUGAUAUUUCGCUGUCAAAUUUAUUGAUCACGAAAGACAUGAACAUAAAAAUUGCUGACUUUGGACUUGCAACGGAAUUGAUGCAGCCAGAUGAAAAACAUCAUACCCUCUGCGGCACACCGAACUACAUAUCACCAGAAGUGGCCUCACGUGCAUCACACGGCUUACCGGCGGACGUAUGGGGUUUGGGAUGUAUGCUGUACACUCUCCUGGUUGGAAAGCCUCCAUUCGACACCGAUGGAGUGAAAUCCACGUUGGCGAGGGUAGUACUGUCCAACUAUAGUUUACCAGCGCACCUUUCACCAGACGUGAGCGAUCUUAUUGAACGACUGCUCAAGAAAAAUCCAACUGAGCGAAUCAAGCUAGAGGAAGUGCUUAAUCAUCCCUUUCUGUCCCGAUACGAUUUGGGUUCGAAAGUACAUGCUUUCAACAGUUUGAAUCAAAAAUUUUCAUCCAAUGUAGACAGUGGUAUGGGCACAAUUUCAAGCAACUUUGAAAGUAAAGCUGAUUUAUCUCAAGUACACUCCUCCGGCGCCACCAUAAACAAUAGCAGGUGCAAUCAUCGUUCGAAUGAACAUCUGUACUACGAACAACAGUACGCAGCAUCAGACUAUAGAUAUCGAGAAAAACAACAACUGCACGAAAUGGGAAGCAUUGAAUCGUAUAAAUUUCCUGCAGAACCUCACAUUUCCUUUUUGCAAAAGUUUAACAGUAUGGAGUUGGUGGAAAAGUACAACAUUAACCCUAAACACAUAGCCGGGCGGGAAGGAAGUGCUUUUUUGCUAAGCUCGUCCAAAUAUUCACAGGAUGCAGUGGAGAACGCAACAGGUGCACCAAUAACAAAUAAGCAAAGUUUUUUCGAUAGUCACGUAUUCACCACUCCGAAAUCGAAAGCUCCUGAAACAAACCGCUAUAUAUUACAAACAACAACAGCUGGUAACAUAAAGCAAAUGCAACAAGAUAGUUUGAGCAGGAACAAAAACAGUGAUACUCCCGUGGUCCUAAAAUAUCAUUCGCAAACAAACAUUCGAUUGCCAGCACGUUUCGAUACUUCGCGAUUGUUACCUACACGUAAUCGGACAAAGUACGUCAUUUUAUCGAUUGUCGCUGAGGGUGGAGAGGUCGUGCUAGAGUUUCUUAAACCUAGAGGACGAAAUCAAGAGGAUCGCGUGAUAGAUGUGUGUCGCAUAUCAGGCGACGGACUAAGAUUUAUGUUGUACCAGCCGGAUGGUAAUCGUGGAGCGGCCAUUAAAAACGAACCGCCAGAUUUACCAUCCAGAGGAGUGGAUCAUAUUUACAACUAUGAAGACAUCCCCGAAAAGCAUUGGAAAAAAUAUAUGUAUGCUGCACGAUUCGUGAACAUGGUCAAAGCAAAAACACCAAAAAUUACUCUCUAUAGUGACAAAGCCAAGUGUCAACUGAUGGAGACCAUGCGAGACUAUGAAGUUAUGUUUUAUGAUGACGUAAAAAUUAUACAAAGUUCAACAAACGAUGAAAUCAAAAUGAUCGACGCCAAUGGCAAGGUGUUUCGUGGCUUGGAAUCCAUAUCGACGAUAGACAUUACAAAACUCGACCAUUUCCGAGAAACGCAUGAACAUUGUCUGAGGAUCGAGAAACUGCUCUCAACUGUGUCGCACAGUGGGAAAACAUUCCCCGUCAUUAUUGGAAGACGUCCAACCGGCUCUGAUAGCAAUACACCAGCAAAGAAAGAUAUGUCCAAGUAUCGAUUUUAUUCACUUAAUGUACGAACUACAUGA